UGUUGAUGUAUUUCACAUUUGGCAAGCUUAACGGAUUGUAAGAGGAUUCAAAAUGCUCCUUCUCCUUCUUUUUCUGAGCUGUUGGAUCGUUACAGGUAACAUGAGACAACGUUUGGUUUGUCGCCAUGUUGAAUGUUGAAUCAAAGGGGAGGAUCCAACAGUGAAAUAUUAUGGACUAAGAAACAACUCAGUGUGUCUUCGUGUUACCAAGCCACCACCAUACAUGGAUGGUCAUUGGAAGAAAGAAAAAAAAACAAUUGCUUCUCUUGCAUUUGUUAAUCCCGACUAUGAAAAGAAGGUGGUCUUCAGUCGUGAAAACUUCUCCUUGUGUAUAAACGAGCUGACAGAUUCAGACUCUGGUGUCUAUGAAGCCUUAUUCACAGACUCCAAGUACAGUUCACAUACAGAAACUCAUCAUGUUACUGUGGAAGGUAUGGUUCCUCCGCCUGUGGUGGUGGUGCAUGCCUCCAACCUGUCUGCAGGAUCCUGCAACAUCACAGUGAACUGCUCUAUCCAGGACGACUGGGCGACGUCCCACUGCGACGCAGACGGAUGCAAAACGUCCCAGACGUCAACCCACACUUUCAACAUCAGCAUCUUCACAGAGAAGAGAACUGCUGUCUGCAGAGGAAACAACUAUGUCAGCACAAAUCAUGAAAUUGUGAACAUAGAUGACUGUUUCAGUCAUCAGAGGAAACCUCAGAAACACCCCACAUCACAUCAUAUACUCAUUUUGAUCAUGGUUUGCUGUUUGGUCUGUGUGUGUGUGCUGGGUUUGGCUCUGAGGUGCUAUCACCACCCCCGGAGAUCUCCAGCUCCGCCAAAAGAAGGCCAGCCAGUGCAAACACCUUCACAAGAAGAGGCCGAAGUCUCCACGCCUUCUUCCUGCUACGAGAACGCGGGGCAGCCCAGGCCCACUGCCAGCCCCACACAGCAGCCGGGCUCCCUGGAGAGUCCCACGGCCGAUACCAUCUACGCCUUCCCGAAUGUUGCUGCCUCUGCCGGCAAAAGGGACGGCAGGAAAGACACUGGACAGGAGAACACGCCUUCCACUUCACAGUCUGUCACUGUGCAUGAGACACAGCGGCCAGAGGUUGACACAGUUUACUGUCUGCUGCAGUUGCCAGGAAAGUGAAGUGACAGCACCACCAACUGGUCGAUACCGGAUUCAAGGAGCUCUGAUCAAACAAUGCAAGUUGAUCACGAAUGCUGGAAAGCUGUUGAUGAAAGCUGGACACACCUUUAAUAAAUACUUCAAAAAAGAAGACAUGUGAGUUGAUCAGCAGAUGAAGUUCUUCCCUGUCUGGAGUCCCGAUCAGGGAGCCAAUAACAAUCAAUAACAGAAUAGCAUUUGUAUAAAAUAGUAGAACUUGAAAAUUCUUAAAAUUUUACUCGUACACAUACCAAUCCUCACAAAGGAUACAGGACGGAGCAAGUAGUAAACAAAUAAAGUGAGGAAUAAAUAAUCUAAGUCAGCCUGAGAAGUUCAGAGAUUCUUUAAUAUUAAUGAGAAUGAAAAAAGUAAGACAGAUUUUAAAUUAUGUUCUGCCAAAAUAUCAAGAGGAGGAGGAAGGCAGUUGGUGCAACAGACAUCGGAACUCUGCAGCUGUCCUGGAGAACACUGAAACUUGAUGGUGAACUGUGGUUGAGAGCUUUGAUCCUUGUUUGAUGAUCAUGUGUCAGAUCGUGACUGUCACUCGGCUGCAGCUUCACGCUCACAUUAGAGUUAGAAGGUAACGCUGGGUCCUGAAAAGUCACUGAGGGGGCGGGGCUAUAACUCGGUCACAACAUGGAGUGAGUACUUCAGACAGGUCAUCGCAUCUGGCCCGCAGCUGGACCUGUGACCACUGUGUAUUGAUCUGUUGGAAGUCAUGUGGAUGCUUACUUGAAUGGGUGAGAAGGUUUUUCGUAUUAUUGUAUUUUUCAGUGACAGUUCUCAUGUUGACACUCACUGCCUCUUUACAUAAACUUUACUGGAACUUGUA